AUGAGAAGCUACCACGUUCUCCUCGCAGCGAUCGCCCUGACGUAUCUAGCCUCCUGCGAUGCCUUCGCGUCAUUGAGGAUCGUUCGAACCCAGCCGCGCCCUUUGGAAUGUGUCGCACGGAGACAGAGCACUUGCAGCUGGUCUGUUAUGCAGGCCCAACAUCACAAAGGGGACAGCAAGUUGCAGACUCUCGAUGCGUUCAAGGCAUCUUGUGGGGCCCUGCUCGUCUCCUUGGCGCUGGCAAGCCCCGUUUCAGCGAACGAGUUAACGCUAGAGCCUUCAUAUCACAAAGUCACAAGAUCUGAUAUCAUGCACAUGUCAAUCGACAAGAGACCAUCUGUCGGGGUGACGAACCCAUCGGAGGCGGCAGAGGAAGCGGUGGACAGUGUCCGGAUGAUGAUCAAGAGAGCGGGCGAGGGUGAGGAAGGAAGCUCCAAGGAGGUCUACAGCAAGAAGAUCAGGAAAGAUUUCCUCGCGGAGAAGGAGGGUGCAAGUGUUUCUCCUGCUGAACUGGGUGCGGGGGCGCUGAAACUCAUCGCACUCUGGGUUCCUGUCCUGGGCCUGCUGUCAUUCCUCUCCAAGGAGGAAACGCUUGACAACUCUAACAUGCAAGGUAUCGCCAAGGUUGCGACCGUCGUUGCGGUCCCGGUCAACGUGCUGAUUUCGGGUUUCCUGGUUCCGAAUGCAGACUGGCAUCGCAUUCAGGACGUGCUAAGUCUCAUCGUUAUCACCGGUAUCGCUGCGCUCCCAAGCUUUGCUAUGUGGGCGUACACCCAGGGUGUGUACAACUGGGUGCAGCAAGAAGAUGAGCAAGAUUAG